GGUAAUAGAAAGUAUGCGAUUGUAACCGCAACGCGCAUUUGAAGCUAGUGCUGGCUACCUGCUCGUUGAUAUGAUGCUGUAGUAAGCUAAGCUACAGUAGCUAAGUGACAAGGUGCAGCAUGAAACCCAUGAUAAUGAGGCUGUGUGUUCUUCAUGGACCUAGUAGAUCAUGUCUCUGAUCCUGUUUGCCUUCGUGGUCCGAGUCAGGGAUGGACUCCCCCUGUCAGCCUCCACAGACUUUGAACACAACAGAGAGCUCCAGGAGAGGAAGCAGCAGCUCCGGACCAUCAGCAAGGCUCUGGCCUGUUUCCCUGACAGAGGGACCAUCAAGGGCAGUGAGCUCAAUAUAUACUUCGUCUCAUCAGAGGGUGUAUCCUACAUGACCGUGUGCCACUGCAGCCUCCCUGUUGCUAAGGCCUUCUGCUUCCUGGAAGAUCUGCGCUGGGAGUUCACAGCAUGCUUCAAUAGCACUGUUGUUGCCUUGGCAAACAGACCAUAUCCAUUUUUGGAAUUUGACGGCACCAUUCAGAAGCUGAAGCAGCAGUACAACCAGAGCGGUGGUCCGGCCCUGGAAGUGACACUGGCAGAGGUCCAGGAGGAUCUGAGGAUCCACCCUGCUCAAGUCAUUCACUUGGAGGACGUGGAGCUCAACGGCAUUGCUAAUGGUCAUAUGGAGCAAGGUGCUGGAACUGGUCAGAAUGUAAGACUCGAACCAGUGACAGCGCCAGGCAUCCUCUCGCUGGUCUUAAAUAUCAUGUGUGCAUCUUUGAACAUAAUCCGUGGUGUUCACCUCAUAGAGUACACCUUCCAGGAUGAUCAUGACGGUGUGUGGAAUGUUGUGGCAUUUCUCCUGGCAUUUGUCUGCUGUGUGUUUCAGUGCCACCUCUACCUGUUCCACUCGUCCCUGAAGAAACACAAGUCCCUCACUCUGCUGAGUGUCAUCGUCCUAUGCAACCUCUACCUGCUCGGCCUGAGGAACGUGUGGCAGCUGAUCUUCCACAUUUCGGUCGCCACGCUCUCCACCCUCCUCAUCAACACCCGCAAACUCCAGGACAGGACCGGUGACUGCGGGGUCUGAGAGGCGGUGGACAGUUUGUUUCGUUGUACCUCUCGUAGCUCUGGGUGAGAAAACAAUGAGGAGUCAUCAAGAUGUUUUUAACGAGACAUUCAUAAAUUUUGUGUCAUCAUGGGAAAAUUAUAAUUACAGGUUAAUAUCUUCUUGUAUACAGUAUGUACUUGCACCUUGUGUACAUUGUUUCCAAGACUGUAAAGGGUAUACAGUGAAAUGCAGUUUUUUUUUCCCUGGAUUCUUUAAAGUAUCCAGUUAACUUUAAUAAUAUAACCACAAACUAGGGAUGCACUGGUUUAUCCAAUGGGCCAAUAUUAGAUUGUCCACUGCAGAUAAGAUGGCAUUCACUGAUAGCAGUGGCUGAUGUUUAUCUGUUGUAAUGGCGCAUUCAUGUGCUACUGGCUCAUGACAUCACUGCCAUCAGUUUGUAAGGUUAGGUAAGUAUGUGAAGGGAUAUAGUAAGACAGACUACUAAGUACAUUUUCAUGAUUUGUACUCCUCCAGAGAUAGCAUAAUGAAGUGCGGAAUGACUUUAAAACAGUUCAGUUAUUUUAUUUAUAACAAAGAUGUGUUGCCUUUUUUCACCCUAGCAAAAAAGGGGGUACAAAUGGUAACAAAAAUGGAAUAAACUGGACAACAACAACAACAACAACAAAAUAUGGUAGCGGUCCAGAAUUUCACAAUCGGUGCAUCCCUACUGCAAACACAUACUGACAGAAGAGCUUAAAGCAGGUGUCUGUUUUAGAAACUCAAAUAUCGAUCGAUGUCAGUCCACCAGCGCCAUCCUGUCCCAAAAUGUGUUCCGGGGUAAGUGUAGUGAGGUUUUAUUCUGUCAGAGUUGCUGACCAAAGUUUUCCACGUAGAAGCUGCUCAUGCUUUUUCAAUUUUUUAAUGAAUUUUUACUCGCGUUAAGUUCAGUAUUAUUUCUGCUGCCACAGGCCGCUGACUAUCUUUGCAGUGUACAACUCAAGGUGACAGUUCUGUGACUGUAUCAGACAUGAGGCUCAUCUUAUUUCAAAUAGUCACGUGUGGCCGAUCUGCAGGCAGGUGGGGUCGUCCAUCCUGCACCAGAAGCGGCGUGAUACACAAAUUAUUUUGCGUAGUUUGAUACAAAGAAUCAGUGACAGUGAAGAAAAGCGGGCUGGUUUGUCUCUUUUGUUCGUUAAGCUAGAGUAACAAUCUAAUAUGGGUUGUUUUUAUGCCUUACCGUGUUGACUUAAGCGUAUGUAGAUACACCGGCAAGUGCUCAGCUAGUUUUUGCAAAGGUUCAAAUGUAAGGGCUCCGUUAUGUAAGUACAUUCUGUACUGAGGGACGGUAAGUUUUAUAGUCAUGUAAGGCAUUAUGUUGUCGACACAGUUUGGGAUCCAAGGAGAAACCUGUCUCUCACCAACUCCAGUUUAAAACUCAUUUUUGUACGAUCAAAGCAAAUUUAGAUAUUUUAGUUUCUCGUCUUUUUUUCUACUGAUCUCCUUGUUGUCAAAAAGUAAACUGCAGGUAGGAAAAUGAAUGCACUGAAUUUAUGGGUUAAGUGGUUUUGAAAUAUUUUGACUGCACUAUAAGUUUUGGAUUUCGUUUGUGCCGGUGAUGGAAGUCUUUUUUUUUUUUUUUAAUGUGUUGCAUAUCAAUUUCAGCUAAAAUGAUAUUUAUAUCAAGGUUUAUGUUUACUUAAUUGGUUGGUUUGUUUUAUUUUAUUUCUGGUCCUAACUGUAGUUCGUAGAUUGUUAUGAACAUAUAAUCUGUGUUUUAAUGUAGAACACAUUACCGUAGCGCUGCUAAAUAACAAGGCAAAGUAUAAAUCUCUUUUUACAUUUUGUGUUUAAGCUUCUUAGGCGUUCAGUUUUCGAUAGCUAGACAGAAUCACUGAUGUUCGUGAAGCGAAGGGGAAGUAAAUUAUUGUUUUUUAGUGUUUGUCAAAUUAGCAGAAAUGAGUCUUUUCAUCAGACUUUUCUCUUUUAUUGAGAAAGUCUGAGGGGAAUUUUAAGGAAAACAAAAAUUGGUCACAUCUCAUCUGACAAUCCAAAUGUCCUUCACUUUAAAGUACAACUAGCUUGUAAACUUUAAGCUCAUGGUUUAGGAAGUGUAAUAAAAUUCAGAUGUUUCCACUGAAAGGGUUAAAUGUAGCUGCAGAUAAUCCAGUUGAACCUCCAUCCAGAUAUUUUGGCUGAGAAUUAGCCUGUCUCUUAAGAAAUGAGUUUUAUUUUGGACAUAACUUCAUGAAAAUGUUUGGAUAUCAUAAGUGAGUGACUCUUUGUUAUCAUGUGUGAUGCUGCGUGGUAUUUUCCUGUACAGGAAUGUGGUGACGCUGUAAUAUUUUUGAUACGAAGGAAGUUUUACCGACUCACUAUUUCCACUGCAAGGCUUCGACCAAAUGAAUUGUAAAAUAACGCUCUAAAGACCGUCGAACCAAAUAAUGCGGAGGGUAUUUUAAGACUUGAAUUAAAGUGAAGGAAUCGUGUUGAUUAUGAAAGUUUAUAACACACAGUGAAGACACACUGUACAACUGACACAUGUGGCAGCCUUUUCUUAAUAUAUAUGUUUUUUCUGUUAUUGACGUACUGGUGACGGUUGAAAAUCAUUCAGGUUUAGGAGGGUUAAAUCUGAAGUAUGUCUAAUAGAAUAUUUUCGUUGUGUUGUUCAGUGCAAAAGCGGCAGAAUGAAGUCAUUUGUAGCUGAUUAGACUCACAAAAGGUUGAUUCUGUGGUUUUUGUGGCUGCAGCUUCUUUGUAAUAAUAGGAAGUAAUAUAACAACACCAUUCUUUGUAACUGCCAAAUGGUGAUUACAUUACAGGGCUUUGUGUUUUUUUCCUGCUGUGGUAAAACUGACAUUUCAUUAAUAAAUAGUGUCUUUUUUUUCAAA